GUUUCUUUUUGUUAUUGGAAAGGAUAAGGGAUCGUUUUUGCAUGAGAUAUCAGAUAAUAUGUAUAUAGUGUUGAGCACUGUAUAAAUACACUAUGGACAGAGAAUGUGCUGCUGUCAGACUCCGGUCCUCUUCAAAAACAGACAACAGGAUCAAUUCAUAACCCAGGUAAGUGACUGAUAUUUGAAUGAAUUAGUAUAGAUAGCCCAACGACAAACUGCAAAUGAAGAGAUAUGUUUUAAGAAAUUAAUAACAACGCUAAUUUAUUAUUAUUACUGAUUUGAUAUAUAUAAAUAUAGGAUGUGGUUAAUUGAGAAUAGAAUUUAAAUGUAAUCUCAAGUAAUAGAGAUAUGAUAUAGACACAAAUUUUGAACAGGAAUGCAGUUUUUAAUUCAUAAGGCACUACUAAUUUUUGUCAACUUUCUUGCCCCCCCCCCCCCAUACCACACCCAGCCCUCUAUAUCAAAAUGAAAAAAAUCUCCACCUGCGUUUUCACUAAACAGUUUAUAAACCUGCCAUACGCCACAGGCCUAAACAGAACGUGGCUGUGCCAGAUUGUGAAGGAGCGCGGUGGAGCUGAGAGUUUAAAGGUGCACAGAAAUCGAAAGCAGCACGCAGAAACGAUCUGCUUGCGGGAAAACGAACCUGUAGUUCAAGCUGAAAUAACCUGGUACAUUUCCUGGAGCCCCUGCUAUAUGUGCGCUCCUGAAAUAAUUACAUUUAUCGAGAAGAACCCCAAUGUGAAGCUCAAUAUAUUUGCUUCCCGGCUCUAUUAUGGUAAUUACAACAUUGUAAAUAAACAUGAUGAAAUAAUUCAACGUUGCAGAGAGGGCUUAGGCAAUCUGGAACGACAUGAAAGAAUUGGUUUAAAAGUGAUGACCUUAACAGAUUUCCAGCACUGUUUUGAUCGCUUUGUUAAUGGCAGCGGAUUUAGACCCUGGCGUAUGCUUGAAGCUAAUUCAAAACUCUAUGCUGACAUGCUCAAAGAGAUCAUUGAAGAUGAGAGAAUAAAGAAAGCAGAGAAAGACAAGCUGGCCCCCGCUGGGAAAGAGAAGCUGAGAAAGGUCCCGAGUCCCUCUUCAGCCUGCUGACCCCAGCUGUGCCCCGGCCCGCAAGCUGAGCUCCUCGGACUCUGGCCGGCUUGUCACCCGAAGCGAAUGCGCCCCACACUCGGAGGAGCGCUCGUUCAGCUUCAUGGCUUCGACUCUCUGGGACUCUCUCCCAGCUUUGGAUACGCGACGCUCCCAUCGUCGCUCGCUUUAAAUUAACUCUCCAGACCCGCCUGUUCUCUCUUAGUUGUUGUGUUUCUGCUACUAUUUCAUGUAUUCUGCUGCUAUCCUGUAUUCUGCUCUUUCCACUGUAUUUAAUGCACUA